CAGACUUCUCUGCGCACAGUGGGGAGGUAGUCUGGCUGGGCGAGCUGAGGUGGAGAGGCAAUGUGAGACAUACAAAGGAUUCUUGCUUUUCUUGUGCUUUGAAACUCGGAUCUUUCGUACUGGAUUUGUGCGUUGCAAGCUAGGGUUGCUUUAUUUUCUCUUAUUUGCUAAGGAAGGAGGGGUUUGGAUCUCGUUACAAACACGUUUUUAACCUGGUGGUGGAAAAAUCAGGGAACGUUGGAUCUGGGAUCGAAUCUUCCAGCUUGAUAGCUGUGACCAUAUUGAGAGGCUGGACUCAAGUGUGCUGAGUUGGACUUCAGACCUGCAUAAAUGCCUGCAGAACUCCAACAGGAACAAAGUCCCAGUAACCAAACCUCCAUCGCUAUGAUGCAGGAACCACCAGAGAUGAUGGAAGAAACUGUAACUGUUGAGGAAGAUCCGGGAACUCCCACUUCACACGUGUCAGUUGUGACAUCCGAUGAUGGUACCACUAGAAGGACCGAGACCAAAGUCACUAAGAUGGUAAAAACAGUCACCACAAGAACUGUGCGCCAAGUACCACUCGGUCCAGAUGGUAUGCCAGUACUUGAUGCUUCAUCUCCUCUCAGUGGUUACACCGAUUCUAUUGACAGAAGAUACAUGAAAAAUGGGGAGCGUUUUAUUAACCCUCAGGCUUCCUCCACUCUUACAAGGUCCUAUAACAACAGCUACAAUGAUUCCUAUGGUGACCCCCAUGACACUCAAUACAGGCCCUUCAUGGGGCAUGAAGGGUAUGGAGAUAUGCCGGACAAUUAUGGUAGCCUGUCACGUGGAGUAAAUUAUCGACCACGAUACCCAUAUACUGCAGGGAACAGCUACCGGCCAGAGGAUGGCAGUUAUACUCUGCCCACGAGACGAGAGAACUACGUACCCAUUGCUCAACCACAGGUGCCCAUUGGCAGCAACAUUGAUUUAAACCGAUCCCAGCCUGAACGAUUCCAGCCUGAGCCAUAUGGUCUUGAAGAUGACAAUCGCAGCCUUGGGGCAGAUGAAGAAGGAUAUGAAUUAGAUCAAGAUUACUCUACCAUAAGCAGAAGAGUCCUUCCUGGCAUGCCACUUACAGGCAGACUUCACAAGUCAAGACCAUAUGAUGACCCCUUAGAAGCAGAACUGAUUGAAGAGCGAAUUCCUUAUCUUCAUGGUGGAUAUGCAGCUCCGUUGGCACAGCCAGAAAGAGGAAGCCUUGCCAGCAUAGACCGUUUGGGCAAACGUUCCCCUUCCAUCGACAGCAUACGCAAAGAUCCCAGAUGGAGAGAUCCAGAUUUACCUGAGGUUAUUGCUAUGCUCAACCACCCAAUUGACCCAGUCAAGUCCAACGCAGCAGCUUACCUACAGCACUUGUGCUAUGAAAAUGAUAAAAUUAAAAAGGAAGUGAGGCACCUCAAAGGCAUCCCCAUCCUUGUGGGUUUAUUAGACCAUGUGAAACCAGAAGUCCACCGCAAAGCCUGUGGCGCACUGCGUAACAUCUCGUAUGGGAAAGACAAUGAGAAUAAGGUGUCUAUUAAGAACUGUGAUGGUAUUCCUGCCCUUAUCAGGUUGCUCAGAAAAACCAAUGAUAUGGAAGUCAGGGAGCUAAUAACAGGUACCUUGUGGAACCUUUCAUCCUUUGAGCCCUUAAAGAUGGUGAUUAUCAACCAUGGUCUUCAGACACUCACUAAUGAAGUUAUCAUCCCUCACUCUGGAUGGGAGAAUGAGCCUAAUGAAGACUCCAAGCCACGUGACGCAGAGUGGACAACGGUUUUCAAGAAUACAUCUGGAUGUUUACGAAAUGUGAGCUCUGAUGGAGCGGAAGCUCGCAGGCGGCUGCGCGAGUGUGAUGGCCUGGUGGAUGCUUUACUGCACGCUCUCCAAUCUGCUGUAGGCAAGAAGGACACUGACAACAAGUCUGUGGAGAACUGUGUAUGUAUCAUGCGCAACCUCUCGUACCAUGUCCACAAGGAGGUGCCGGGAGCAGACCGAUUUCAUGACAUUGAAGCCAACCAACAAAGUGGACUUGGCCAGCAAAAGAAGAAGAAAGAUGAUGCUGGCUGUUUCGGAGGUAAAAAGGCUAAAGGAAAAAAGAACGGUGAUGCAGACAAGCACUUUGAUACCCUGGACCUUCCGAAACGUUCCGAAUCCGCAAAAGGAUUCGAGCUCCUGUACCAACCAGAAGUGGUGCGUCUGUAUCUAUCCAUUCUGACAGAGAGUCAAAACUUCAACACGUUAGAGGCAGCAGCAGGAGCCCUGCAAAACCUGAGUGCUGGCAACUGGACUUGGUCAACUUAUAUUCGUGCUACUGUGCGUAAGGAGAGGGGCCUACCUGUGCUUGUGGAGCUUCUCCAGUCAGAUUCCGACAAAGUAGUGCGUGCUGUGGCUAUCGCACUGAGAAAUCUUUCCAUGGACCGACGCAACAAGGACCUAAUAGGUAACUACGCCAUGGGGCAGCUAGUGCGUAACUUACCAGGUGGUCAGCAGCGUCCAGCCAAAAACCUGGAAGAAGAUACAGUUGUAGCUGUGCUAAACACAAUCCAUGAAAUUAUCACAGACAGCUCUGAGAAUGCAAGAUCCCUGAUCCAGACUCAGGGAAUUGAGAAGCUCAUCACCAUAAAUAAGUCAAGUCAGUCCCCAAGGGAAGUGAAGGCAGCGUCCCAUGUCCUGCAGAUGGUUUGGAGCUACAAGGAUCUGCGGAGCACGCUACAAAAAGAAGGCUGGAACAAAGCACACUUCCAGUCUGCUGUAUCAACACUACCAAAAGGUUCAAAGGGUAAUGGGAAAUCCGGUUUUGAUGACAGCACGCUCCCUCUGGUGGAUAAAAGCCAAGCAAACAAGAAAUCUGGAAGCCGUGACAUGAUUCCCAUGGGUGAACUUGGCCCUGAUGGGUACUCCACCAUUGAUCACCGAGACAAGGAACGUAAAUACAGAUCCAAUGAAAACAUGGGGGAUACUUCUGAGAAGGAACCUUUAAAGGAUUAAACUUCCAGUGAUCUUUUUUUUGAGAAGACAUUCUUUAUUUUAUUUCUUUUUUUAAACCAAGAAUCACAAAUUUGAACACAUAGAAGGAGGAAUUGAUAACUGCCACUGCCAUGGUGUUUUCACAGUAAAAUUAAGACAUUUUAAUUGAAAAACAGAUGAAAACUGCCAUCUGAUGUGACUGAGAACCAAACUUUGUGAUCAUCGCCAAAAAAUAUACCAUUGCUUACUUUUUCAUCUGAAUGGACGAUUUUUUAAGUACAAAUGUAUAAUAUAUAUUCAUAAAAUGCCAUUCCCUUGAGAAGUAUACUGCACCUUGCUCCUUUUGAAACGAGCCUACUUCUUGCGGAUGGAGACUUGGGAUUGUACCAUCCAUGGGACUAGAAGGUGAAAAAAAGGGAAAUGUUUUUAUCAGAGAACUUCAUACAUAGAACUGCAAUGCCACAAAACUUUAGGCCCACCAAUAAGAGCACUUUCAUUUUCUUGGGGUGUAUUUUUUCUCCCACCUCAACUCUGAACUGUGAAAAAUCCCAAGUUUUGUGGACUGCUGUGCAUUUUAUUGCGUUUUUCUGCCAAGAAGUAGUGGGAAUUUCUUUGGGUUUGUUGGUUUUAUUAGAAAGAAGAAAACUGAAAGUUGCUGAACGUGCGGAAUCUGAAAGUUAGAGAUGUGUAAUGAAACAUUUCAUAGUAUGAAAAAAAAAAAAAAACAUGGCUGGGUCUCCAUCAAAAAAAACGCUGGAAUGUUGAUUCUGAAAGUUUCAUUUCUCCAGCAUUAGAAUUUCUGAAGGUCAUCUCUAUCUUCUGACUAAGAAAUGUUUUAAGAAGAACUAAGUCUUUUUGUUUUUGAGUUGAGACUUUUACGGAGUGUGCAUGCCAUAAACAGGAAUGCAGUUUAAGAUUAUAAGUGUACAGCUGUUCUUUUACAAGUGUUUCCAAAGCCAGCAUAUAUGUGUAUAUAUACAUAGUGCAGCGUACAUAGAACUGGACCAUCAACUGACCUGAACAUACAAUCUGCUUGCAGUUUCUAAAACUUGCAGCUUAUUGCUGGUUGCUAUCUCUGUGCAGGUACUUCUGUGUGGUAUCUUUUUGCCUUUUUAAACUCGUGCGCUCUCCAUUUGCAUUAUAACAUUUUCCAAGGAAUACCCAUGUUAUGGUGCUUGCUUUUUCGGACAUUUUCAUUGGAUAUCUGAAACAUCUAAGACCGUUUUAUAAUGGAAUCAUUGCAGCAAGUCUAAUCUUUUGAUUAAAAUAUCAAAUUGCAUUUGUGUUGAAUUUAAAUGUAUUUCCAGCAAAUGCUCAAACUGGAUACCAAGGGAAAUAGUCUGGGUUUUAUUCAGUGGGGUAUGAGAUUGGACUGGGUUUGUAUUAUCACUUAUUCAGUACUAAUCUUUCUGUGCUUAGAGACUUUUUUUUUUUGGGGGGGUGGUAUAAACAAAAUCAGUCUAUUUACUGUUCUCUCUUCAGGGGACAGAGAUUUUGGCUGGAGCGCUACAUAUCCCUGCUGUAUUUUAUUAUUCCUUUGAAAUUAGCUGGUUAGAACAAAUUGAAACUUCCUAAUGUUAAGGUUUUGGGACCAAUCACAAAUCCUAAUUAAAUCUAAAUGUGCUGAGAAUUGGAUGUGCUGCUUGGCUACUGUCAAACCAGCUACUGAACCAGCUCUCAUGGUGGAAGAGUUUCUAAUAAUUAAAUACAAAAAAUGUGUUCUGAUGGAUGGAGUAAGGCCUUCCACUGCAAAUACAGUAAAAAGGCAAUUUUUGUCCCAGCGUUCCCAGAGAAACACUUGCUGCUGCCAUCAAAACUAAACAUUCUAACAUCUAACCUGCAAGUGUUCCUUUCAGUGUACUAGGGUUUGUCAUACUUAUAUGUGGUGUUUAUAAAAUGUAGUUUAAGGUAGAUAUAUGGUGCCUGAAAUGAUCAGAGAGGCUAUUUCCUCUCUACCGCACUAUAAAACUAGAUUGGGUGCUUAAUUGUAGAUGCUUAGUUUUCAAAGUAUAUUCCUGGAUUAUAAGAGAAAACAAUAUACCACAUAAUUUCCUAAUUUAUUUACAUCUACAAAUCGUGAGAUUCACCUCUACUUUCCAGGUAAUACAAGUGACUAUUUUACAUAUUGUGUCAGCCUCGUACAGGUAACUUAUGCACACUCAUGCUGCGAUCCUGAGUGGUUUGUACAUGACAUUAUAACACAUGCCUAUCAUUAAUUCUAAUUGUAUAUAACUACCGUCAGCAUUUUUAGACCAUAGUUGGUAGUAAUAUUGAGUUCCUGUGGAUGGUACAGUAGAUGAACUUUCAAGUCUCCCAUAUUAUUGGUCCUUUGAGUAUGAAGAGGACAUUUGAAUUCCAAUAUUUUAUCUUAUUCAUUAAUGCAGACAAUAAGGUUAUACAAUAGUUAUGUCUAAUUAUUAUACAAUUUCUGUAUAUAUUAACCACAACUUCUAUAACUAUUAUCCACCUACCAGUAGAAGUUUGUAAGUUACCAUCUGAUUCCUCGAUAAAUUGCCAGCGGACCCUUUUGUCUAGCCCACAGUAUACUUACUUAAUACACUUACUUACUCUUAGUGACCAGAAAACAGUUCUGAAUAAAUGAGAAACAAGCUUUUGUUGUCGGUCCUUUUUACCUGACCUGUCACAUAUAUGGUUAAUAACCAUUAUAGAAACAUAUAGAUUAUUUGAUAUUGAAAUUUGUUUUUCCAAAGGUGGGAGAUUUUAGUUUGUUGUGAAAAGGAGGAAUACAAUAAAUCAUUAUUUCAGAGCUUUGCCACUUGAGAGGUUGCUGUAAGCAUGCUCUGGGGUUAAAUUAUAAGUGCAAUCUGACAUUUAGUUGUAGACUCCAUAGCAAAACCUAUUUAAAGUGGAUUUUACUGCAUCCCAAGUACUGGUAUUUUUUUUAACCACAUAUGCUUUCAUAACCUUAUAACCUCAAAGGUAAAAACAGUUAUGUGUAACUCCUAUGAAGUGUUUGUGUUUUUACAUUCGAGAAUGUAAUGUCUACAUGUUGUAGAAAAGGGCAGUUAAAUGAUUCUGGCCCAAGAUGAAAAAGGACCUUAAAAUAUGGAUAUAUAUAAUAUAUAUAAACUAGUUAAGUAGCUAUUGUUCUCCCACUCAGUUGAAGACUUAUCUGAAACAAAGCUAAAAAAAAUAAGAAAAUUCUGUUAGGAUUCUAGUUGGCAGAUACGUUUUAGUAGUAUGAGUUUUACAGAAUGGUAAAAAAUAGACUAUAUCAAUACCUCUGUUGCAAAAACCUGGCCCAAAAUCUCACUUAAACAUAAACUGAGAUUUCCAUAAAUUCCAUGUAAUGGCCUGAAUACAUUGUACAUUGGCCUUUAAGCAUGUAUUGUAAAAAAACAAAGUUACAAAUGUUGAGUGCACAGUGGGUUUUUCAUUCUUAUCAAAGCUACCAUAUAUUUACUUAAGUUUAAAUGACAUAGCAGCUAAAUAAUUGCCCACUGUUUAAACAUUUAUAAAAUAGUUUUGUCCUGGCUUAUCAGCUACAGAAGGGUUAUUGGUGAUGACAUGGUUAUGGUAUUUAAUAGCCCAAAUCCUCCUCGCAUAUCAACAGACCAUUUAAAGGAUGGCGCAAUAUUGCAGAUCCUAUUAGCGCUAUAGAUUUUGGACAGUUCUGUAUUUCAUAUAGAAACUAUUCCAAUAUUAAAAUUCUCUGGGUGCUGAAGGAGUUUGCUCUGCAAGACACAGGAAGUAUAUCUCUGGCAGUUAAGAUAUCUUUUUUUUUCCAUGGACAUUUGCUGCAUAUUAUCUAGUGUUUAUUAUAUUCAAAUGUUUUAUACAUACUUUUCCAUUUUUAUAGUUUUUAUUUUUGUACAAGUUGUGUAAAUUGGCUGUGCAUCUCAAGUGAAGUGAAGAUUUUGGUUUUCUCUGCUCUGCAGCUGAUGGUCCCUUCCUUGUAAGUUAAUACAAUGUAUUGAAGAGUGGGUCUUUUUUUUUUUUUUUUACAAGUGAGAUUGUGUUUUUGUUUUUUUUACGCUAAGGGACAUUCUAAUGGAAUAGUAGUAAAUGCCAGGGUAUAAACUAGUAGUGACUUGCGCAUAUAGCCUCCAACCAUUAACCAUGUCCUGCAAUAUAUUACACCUACAAGCAGGGGUUAAACACACUUUACAAGGGACACAAGUGUUAAUGUAAACACUUAAAUGUUUUAGGCGAUUUUUCUUUUUGUGUGUUUGAAAUGUCACUUUUAGACAUGGCAGCUCUUAAAGGGAGAGUGUACCCUAUUUCCCCCCUUUAAUUUGUUCCCAAUUAUUCAUUUUACCUGCUGGAGUGUAUUACAUUGUUUACAAAUAGCUUACUUUUAUUUUGGCAUUUAAAAUAGCUGAUUUUACCUGUGGUAUCCCCACCUAUACAGAAAGUUUAUAUACUUAAAGGAACAGUAUACACCAAUUUUCAUAUAACUGCAUGUUAUAGGCACUAGUAUAAAGAAGAAUAUGCACAGAUACUGAUCUAAAAAUCCAGUAUAAAACCGUUUAAAAACUUACUUAGAAGCUUCCAGUUUAGCACCGUUGAUGAGGUAGUCUGGGACACACAGUGAAAGGGUCUUGUUAAACAAGAAGACUAGACACUCCCCCCCCCCUUCCCUGCAUAUGGAAAGACAGAUAACCCAAACAGGAGCCUGUAGGAAACUGUAAACGCGUGUAUACAUCUGCCACUGUGGGGCUUGGUUAGGAGUCUGAAAACCAGCACAUUGUUCUUAAAAAAAAAAAUAAGCAAAACUAUACAUUUUUACAAAAACAAUACAAGAUGAGCUAUAUAAAUGAAUCCUCUACAAAACAUUUAUGCAAAGAAAAAUGUAGUGUACAAUGUCCCUUUAAGCAUAGGCUAAAAAAAAAAGCUGUAUAAACAUUUCGAGAAGAUUAGGAGAGAUAAGAAAUUAGAAUUUUAUUAUUAAAGUGUUCUCUCUUAAAGGGACAGUAUACACCAAUUUUCAUAUAACUGCAUGUAAUAUACACUACUAUAAAGAAUAAUAUCCACAGAUACUGAUAUAAAAAUUCAGUAUAAAACUGUUUAAAAACUUACUUAAAAGCUCAGUUUAGCUCUUUUGAAAAGGUUAGGCUGGGACACACACUUUAAGUGGGAAAUAACACACUCCCCCCUCCUCUGCAUAUGAAAAGACCCUUUACACAAACAGGAGCAAGCUGGAGUAGGUAUACAUCAGUAUUAUCCUAAAACUUUGGGGCUUGGUUAGGAGUCUGAAAAUCAGCUCAAUGUUAUUUAAAAAUAAUCAAAACUGUACAUUUAAAAAAAAAAAAAAAAAAUUACAAAACAUUUAUGCAAAGAAAAAUCUAGUGUAUAAUGUCCCUUUAACUAUUUGGUAUAUAGACAGUGAUAAGAUAAGGAAGCAUUUGUGUACAGAAAGGGAUAAAAUAAAGAGAUCUGAUUUCCCUGCAAGCUCAACUCAUUUUAAUGGGUUGUUUCAAAGAACAAUGCCAUUUCAUAUACUAAAAUAAAGCGAAAGAAGCAAUGUCUCAUACAUUUUAUACUCUGCAGCUGAUAUGAUAAGUCAUUGGAAACUCAUUAAGGGAAAGGCAAUUUUACUGUACACUGUCCUUUUUAAAAGUAUGGGCAUUUAGUGCUCGAUGGGGUCAGAGCCUUACAGUUGGAUAUUUUGUUAACCCCUUAGUUGGCAGAAAGGGCUGCAGCGCAUUACUUUGCAAAUCGUUGCAGCAUUUUUUUUGGCAAAGGGGGUUAAUCUUUAUGACAUACUUGUAAUGUUUUCAUUCUCAGUGUGUCCACCUAGAAGCAUAAACUCAUCUCUAAAGUUCCACUGAUUUGUGCAUACAGAUAUUAAAUGUGAUAAUUACCCUAAGCAAUGACAAAUGUCUCCAAAUGAAGCUGUAAAUAUUCCUUCUGUUUUUAUCAAAAUCACUAGUUGAUAUACUGUAAGUAAGUGCUGCCAAACUGGCAAGGCCCACUGCUAAACUGAGUAUGUGUGCUGCAGACAUUUUAAACAAAGCAUCAUCUAACUAAAGCUUACAGGUAUCUAAUGUGUUUGUAACUAUCAUGUGCCUUAAAAGAUGAAUUUCCAUGAUAGGAAAAAAAUAGAGUAGAAUAUGAUGAAAAGAUAGCAAUGGUUUCUCAUUUUCUGCUACAUUCUCAUUAUGUUCAGUCGAUGGGUUCUUUGCAUUGUAUUUAGACUGUAAAAUAAUUAUACAAACAAAAUUGGCUGGUUUUAGUUGAAUAUUAAGAGGAAAGAUUUUUGUUGUUUGCCCUGGUGAUACAUUAAGAAUAAAAGAACGUGUUAAUGUAACAUUGUAUUAUAUGCUGAUGUUUUACUAAUUUGGAUAGGUUGAAUGCCUGUUUAGUGCCAGGUAUGUAAAAUGAUAAAAAUUAACAUGUUUUCAAUAAACCAUGCCUGGUACCAAAA